CACAAAAAGAAUUGAUUGGAUAACGAAAAAACAUUUCAACCAAUCCGAUAACAGGAAAUCAAGUAUAGUGGAAUCUUGCGUAAAAGUUAUGUUAUGUAGUCUAAUUAUUGUCAUAAUAAAAAAGUAUUAAAAACUAUUUAUCACGUUACAAUUAAUGAAACUUUAUGUGAAAGAUUAAAGAAUAUCAUUUUUAUAUAGAUGUUUGGUUAGAAUUGUAUUAAAGUCAGUUUGCCAUUGAUGAUCAUAACCAUAAUAUCUCUCUGUUAUAUUUUACGUAUACGACGUUAUAUGCGUAUUGAAAUAUAUAAUUAUCUAAAUUUUUUUCUCGUGUAUCGGUCAAUUUUUCUUACGUAUAUGCAUAUAAACAUGUAUGAGCACGUGUUUAAUGUUAACAUGCAUAUUCAACGUUACUAAAAAGGACAAGUUAUAAAAACUAAUGAACGAUGUAGAAUAUUUGAUAUUUCCAUUAUGGAAGACGUAAAUAUUUAUGAAAAGAUUACUCCAGAAGAACUUAUUAAUACAUCGUGUUCGGAAAGUUAUGGAAAGGAUACUGAAUUUGUGAUAUUGGAUAAAUGUAUCACUGUGGAAGAUAACAUGGUAGUCGGAGAAGAAAUUGAAGUAAAUGAAAAUAUGGAUUCACAUCAAAAAGUUCCUGAAGAUUGUAACAAUCAUAUAAAAGAUAUACCAACAUCUACUGAAGAGAAUAUUAAUACAUCCAAUAAAGAAAUAACGGAUUGCGCAGAAACUUGUUCUAUAAUUUCUUCUACAAGUUCUAAUACUAAAGAAGAUUUAAGUAAAAAUAAUGAUAAACAAUCUUCUAUGCUACCAAAUGUAGUGAAGGACGAAUCAACAAUUGAAUAUUCUAGUAACACUGAUGAUGAAUCUCAAGGUGAUGAUGAAACAAUAGCAACAUUUGUUACUGCAGCUGGUCAACAAUUAGCACUUUAUGCGGUUGAGGAUUCUGAGGAUAUUUUUGCUGUCUCUCUUUAUGAUGAAUCUGGUGAACCUCCAACAAAUUUUCAAUUUCUUAUGAAAGUAGAUGUGGAAAGAUUAAUAGGUGAAGGUGCUGUAAGAACAGUGAAAAAACCAUCGCAAAUAAAAAAACAUUUAUUGACUAUGCAAUCUUCGAUGCUGUUUUCGAAAGAAUGUCUAUUAAAUCAUGAAGCAGAAAAUGAUAUUGGAAAAAAUAUAGUUCAGGAUAACUAUCAGAUAAAAGAACAUCAAUCCCCAUGGAUCAGGAAUUCAUGUUUAUCAAAAGAAAUUGAUGCAAAACUUGAUGUUCCAAUAGAUAUGAAUGCAAAGUCUGAAGACUCGAGUGUAACAUAUGUAGUGAUGGAUAAUUGUGCUGUGAAAUUAGGUGAUUCCUCUGUUAAUGAAAACGUAGAAAAUAACCAGGAAGUGUUAGAACAAUCAACAGUGCAAUAUAUUUUGUUUGAAGACAAUGAAUCUGAUUCGGAAUUAACAUUUGAUGAAAUUCAAACAACACUUCAAAAUAUGAAAUCUGAACAACAAACUUUUUCAAGAAAAUCAUUCAAGAAAACAAUAAAAGUAGAAGACGAAUCGAGUAGAUUAGGAAUAUCUUGCUCUAAAACAAUUAUUUCUAAUGGCAUAGAGUUGCAUACAGAUAGAUUAAAUACAAGUAAGGAAUCAGUAGAAUGUAGUCAAUCCAAAGUAAUACAUACGGAAUGCAAAGCAAAGAGAUCUCGUAAACAACAAUUAACUUCAGUAAACCGAGAAGAUUCUGAAAUAAUCAUACAACCGGCAUCUUUGCCAACUGAAAACAGAAACGAGAAUAUAAAAACAAAAGGUAAAAAAAGAAGAAUUACUUCAGAAUCUGUAUAUCACAGAAAAAAAAAUAAUUCAAAAAAUUUGAUGAGAAUGAAGCAAAGAGAAAUUGAAAUUAUUAAUAUAGAUCUUGAUGAAGAAGAAAGCAUGUCACCUAUAAAAAAGAAUAUUGUUGAAAUAACUAUAGAUGAAAAUAAGGAUAAAUACUCUAGUGACAAAGAAAAUGAUGUCAUAAUGGUAGGAGACUCGGAAGAUGAAGCAAAAGAAAAUGUUUCUAAACUUACAGGGACUCUUUUGCAAUGUGAAUUUUGUUCGAGACGGUUCAGACAAAAACGAGCUUUAGAUACUCAUUCACGAGUCUGUUCUAAAUCAUCAUCUGAUGUAAUUAAAUUAGAUCCUCAAAAACAUAAUCAUGUAAAUAAUGUUGAUAAAAAAAAAGAUACAAAACUUUAUGCAUGUAAAAUAUGUGAGGAAAAAUUCGAAGUGGUUGUUGCUUUAGCUCGCCAUGUACGUUUAGAACAUUCACAAAAGAAAAAACGUAUAUCUAGUAAAUCUUCAGGUGAGCCAGAUUCUGAGGAAUCAUAUUCUAUGGAUAUUACUAAAGAAAAUGUUAGGAUACAUAAAAAAACAAAAAGAAAAAAAGAUCAAAGUAUGAGUUAUUCAUGGGAAACUAAGAAAUUAUGUUGCAAGGAUUGUGGAAGAUGGUUUUCAAGUGCAGCUUCGUUAAAUGCUCAUUAUCUACAACAUGAUACAAAGAGACCAGAAAAGCAAAUCCGAAGAUGUCAAAUUUGUAAGAAGCUAAUAAAAUCAAGAAUACUUUUUAUACGUCAUUUGAAAAUGCAUAGUAAUGUCAAAUUAUUUACUGGGAUGAAUACAUUACAGAAGAAAUUACGAAAUACUCGGCAAGCAGCCCGAAAGAUUACAACACUUAGAAAAAGAGGGAGACCACGGAAACUUUGAUUGCUUUCAGUGUUAUACCAUAAAAAUAAGCAGCCUUUAUGUUAAGUAACAUCACUGUAGUAUUGUCGAUAUUCUUCUAUUGAAUUGUCCUUUGAAAUGUAUGUAACAUAAUAUUCCUAUGGAGUAUUUAUGCGUUUUUUCUAGGACAAUAUUAAAACAUUGUAAUUUUAAAUAAAUCAGUGGAUGUUGGCAUUAGCAUAAA